CGCCGGAAUGGUUGUCAUCCCUCAAUUUCAUUUUGGUGGCCCAAACACUGGACGGUGGUAUAUAAACUAUCACCAUGCGUGAACCAAGUUCACCUUUCACCCUCACUCCCAUUCUCUACCAAUAUGACCAUAGUCUCAAAUGAUCCCACUUUGUGGCCGACCAUCAAUGCAUAUAGUUUUUCCAGCUAUUUUUCAGUUGCCGCCUUUGUUGUAGUGACGUAUGAUUGGGCACUUACAUUUGGACAAGAGGUUGAAUUGGUCUGGAGGCAACGUUGGUCCCUGAUGGCAGUUUUGUAUCUCGGUGUGCGCUACCUUGGAAUUGUAUAUGCUGCCCUGACCAUCCUGUUCCAUAUUCCGACCCUCUCGCUGACAGAUACAGUGAGCUGGAUCGUGUACGUCCUAUGGAAUUGGACGGCUGUUGUAGCAUUUGCGAUGCUGUGUGUCAUCAUCGUCACUCGGCUGCAUGCCAUGUAUCAACGAUCCAGAAAGAUCCAGAUAUUUCUCGUUGUCAACAUCCUGGUUGUCAACAUUUUCGAUGGAGUGAUAGCUGUAAUAGCAAUGGUGCAUGCUUCAGGAGAGGAAGUCAUUUUUUCCGGCUCUCAUCAGUGCUGGAUUACCUUUACGGGAGAUUUUCUACUUCUGAAUUCUGUUGCUUGGAUACUCGCAACUGUGUGGGAGGUCUUCGCACUGUGCCUCGCAGUCUGGAUUGCGGUAAAACACUUCCGUGAACUGCGACGACAUUCGGCAGGAGGGAUUAUGGGGCACUGUUUCACGGUGUUGAUGAAAACUCAUGUGCUUUACUUUGCGAGCUUUGUCGCUGUUUCGUGCUUCGCACUCAUUCUUGAUUUCUCUCCGACAUUCUCAACGUUCCAAAAUUCUCUAGGAAUCCAGACUUUUUAUGGAAUGCUUCAGAUUUUGCAGACCAUACAGUUGUUUGUGCUGGGACCACGGCUGAUCCUUGGCGUUCGAGAGUAUGGCGCUAAGCUCGUGGCCAAUUCCGACACAUAUAUUGGUAUGAACUCAAUCGCUUUCCAGGAGCGUGGGGACAUAUCGAGUGGCAGUAGUGUGUAAUCCGUCCUCGAUUCAUCUUCUUGCCUCAUUCGACGUCCCACUCCCGUCUUUUCACCCGACUGACGCCAACUGGCUUACGGAAGAUCCGACCAAGAUGAUUCCAAGGUGCGCGAAGCACGGUCGUGCAUGCGUAGCUUGAUGAUGCGAGGCAUACUUGAUGAGGUUGAUACUUGUGGAG